UCAAUGGGCCACUCAGAGUCUCACAGUAGGAGCAUCAUGGACCUUGAUGUGAGUGCUUCUGCAAACCCCUUGGAGCUUUCUUCCUGGGGUCUUCCUCAAGAGAUACUGAGGAGGUACAAAGAGCUUGGAAUCACUCAUAUGUUUGAAUGGCAGUCAGCAUGUCUUCGCACAGGAAAGGUACUCACAGGAGGAAACUUGGUGUACUCAGCUCCGACAAGUGCUGGGAAGACAAUGGUUGCAGAGCUGCUGAUGUUAAAACGAGUUCUUGAGACAAAAAGGAAGGCUCUUUUCAUUCUCCCAUUUAUUAGUGUGGCACGUGAAAAAAUGUUUUACCUCCAACGUUUAUACCAGGAGUCAGGGGUUCGUGUGGAGGGGUACAUGGGGAGCCACGCCCCAGCUAGAGGCUUUGUCUCAGUAGACAUUGCGGUAUGCACGAUAGAGAAGGCAAACAGUCUGUUAAACCGCUUGCUGGAGGAAAAUAAAGCUCUUUCAUCUCUCGGGAUUGUUGUUAUUGAUGAGAUGCAUAUGAUCGGCGACCCUCAUAGAGGAUAUUUACUGGAACUGUGCUUGACUAAAAUACGUUACAUCUCUGGAUGCAGAGGACAAAAUGGAGUCAACGAUGAAAAGAGAGGCGAGGAAACGUUGCCACCAAUACAAAUAGUCGGUAUGAGUGCGACUUUACCCAAUUUAGACAUGCUCGCCAAGUGGCUAUCCGCUGACCUGUACUUCACAGACCACAGACCAGUUCCCCUGACAGAAAUGGUGAAAGUAGGCCCCACACUCUAUAACGCAAGCUCGACAAAGAUCCGAGAAAUCAGUGGGGUUACGGUCAGCGGAGAUGAGGAUCACGUGAUACCACUGUGUAAAGAGACUAUCACGGAAGGUCACUCGGUCUUAGUAUUUUGCCCGACAAAGAACUGGUGUGAAAAACUGGCCGAGAAUAUCGCUAAGCAUUUUGCAGAGAUCGGAAAUUUGGCUCUGAAAGAACAAAAUAGCAAUACCGUCCAAAGUAGUGGGUUUGUCAAAGCUUCAACGCUUUUAAAAUUUGAUUACACUGCACUAAAGGAGGUUGUAGAGCAGCUGAAACGCACACAAGUAGGGCUGGACUCGGUGCUCUCUCGUAUAGUGCCUCAUGCAGUAGCAUUUCAUCAUGCAGGGCUCACAUUUGACGAGAGGGACAUUAUUGAGGGGGCCUUUAGGCAGGGUUCCAUUCGCGUACUUGUGGCCACGUCCACAUUGUCUUCAGGCGUGAAUCUUCCUGCCCGUCGUGUAAUCAUUCGUACCCCAAUGUUUCAUGGGAAGUUGGUGGAUGCACUGGUCUACAAACAGAUGGCUGGCCGCGCAGGUCGCAAAGGGGUCGAUGCCUUGGGCGAGAGUAUUCUGAUUUGUAAACCCAGUGAACGACAAAAAGGUUCUUCGCUUCUGAACUCUCGACUGAAAGCUGUGGAGAGCUGCUUGCUUGGUCAAGGAGACAAUAGUGGAAUGAAACGUGCGCUACUUGAGGUCAUCGCUAGUGGAGUGGCUACAAGGCCUUCGGAUGUAGAACGUUACGCGGCCUGUACAUUCUUUGCCUCAGUUUCCUCGCAACAAGAAGCAAACGAUACAGACACAAUUAUCAAGAACACCGUGAAGUUUUUGGUAGAAAACGAAUUUGUUCGUUUGCAAAGAUGUGACGAUAAGAAGAGAAAUGAAAACAAAGAGAACGACACUGGGGCAGAGGAAAUACAGACAGACGGAUUGAAAUACGUACCAACUCAACUUGGCGUGGCUACAUUAUCUUCUGCUCUCUCUCCUGACGAGGCACUUGUUGUAUUUGCUGAAGUACAGAAAGCACGAAAGUGUUUUGUGCUCGAAAGUGAACUUCACGUGAUAUACCAGGUGACUCCAAUCUACAUACAAGAUCAGUGGCCCAGCAUAGACUGGUACCAGUACCUAAGAAUCUUUGAGCGCCUUCCUGCGAGCGUGCGCCGCGUGGCAGAGCUGGUGGGAAUUGAGGAAGGUUUCCUUGCCUGUGCAGUGCGCGGCCGUACUCCAACACGUACGGAGCAGCAGCAGCGAUCUCUCGCCGUGCAUCGUAGAUUCUUUGCUUCAUUGGCACUUCAAGACCUCGUACAUGAGGUACCCCUCAAUGCUGUUGCCAGGCGGUACGGAGCAAAUCGAGGCAUGCUGCAGUCAUUGCAAGGUUCUGCCGCAACGUUCGCGGGAAUGGUUACAGUGUUUUGCGAGAAGCUCGGCUGGACUAACAUUGCGCUUCUUUUGUCUCAAUUCCAAAGCCGUCUGUCUUUUGGUGUUGAAAGAGAGCUCUGCGACUUGGUUCGAAUAUCCCUCUUAAAUGCUGCGCGUGCACGUAUGUUGUAUAACGCUGGCUACCAUACUGUCGCUUCCGUUGCAACAGCCCCUCCAUCAGAAAUUGAGAACAUAUUACAUAAUGCUGCGCCAUUCGUCAGUAGCCGUAGGCGAGGGGAGGAGACUGAAACCGAGGUACGCGAGCGUAGUGAGGCGCGCGUGUUUUGGGUUGCAGGAAGACGAGGGCUCACUGAAGGAGCGGCAGCAAAUCUCAUCGUAAGUGAAGCCCAAAAGCUGUUGCAAUCUGAUGUGGCACAACUUGGAAUUCAUUGGAAGCCUCCUGAGGCUACAGAUAACCUUGUCGAACGUGUCUAUCAGAGGGAAGUAAAUGUCUCUGGGUCGAAAGAAGUUUGUCCAAAGUUUGCUGGGGUGAAAUCGGGCAGUGUCCCACAGAGUAAAUCUCGUACCAAAAAAUUGGACUCGACAAGACCAGUUAUAGAGCAAAUUCCAAAGAUUAAUGAUGCUGUUCUUCGUGUUAAUUCAAGCGAUAGACCUCAACAACGUGCUUACGACGAGACAGUGGAAAGUAAUCAGGUCAGGUUGAAUUGUCAGGAAAGUGGACCAAGGUCAAGUAAAGAUGAAGUAGCCAAUAAAGUGUUCGUAGAUUUUUUAAAGCCAGCACGUUUCGUUAAUAUAGGACCCUUAAAGAUCCAUGGAAAAGGCCGCAUUGACUCAGAAAAGACCGAAAAUACUAGCUCUCUUGUUCAUGCUUGUUCAGAAGUGUUAGCCUCCUCAAAGGAUCCUGAACCUGUUGUGGCUGUCUCUUGCACUUCCACCUCCAAGACUCCUUUAUGUGGCGGUGGAACAGUUCUUCCUCGUCUUAGGAGCAAACGCCGUUCACCGAUCCCUGAAAUUCCUGAGCCACAAGAAAAGUUACAGAAAAAAGAAACAACAGUUACGAAGAUUCCAAAAGUCAUUUUAACGGAAGGGAUUCACACAGAACAGUCAAGAAAAGCCUUCUCUGCUUUGGAAGUUUCCGGUGAUUGUAAAGUUUGCAGUGACGAUAAGUCGGUUUCAUUAGAGCUGUACUCUGAGCCAUUAGAGGGAGAAGAACCGGCCGUAAAACAGAACCCCGGCAAUGCUCCUAACAGUGACACUGAUAUUGUGUCAGAUUCUCAGGCUUUAACAUGUAGUUUGAGUGACACCUGUCUUAUGGAGUGUGACGCCAUGGUUGAAGAAAGAUCUGUAAAGUCAUACCCACUUGACAUGAAGUUGUCACAAGAUUUAAUUCCUGCGAAGAGAGAAUGUGAAGUUGUUCGUGAUGAGAUUUCCAAUGCUCUGACAGAUCAGACCGACAGUUUGGCUGAGCUUAAGAGUCAAGAUGUUAUUGGUGAAUAUGACAUCCCAUUGCGUCAUUCGUUAUCGGGAGAAUUUGAUGCCGAACGAAGCCCGGAGAUGUUGUCAUCAUUAGCUUCUCGAGCUCUUAAGUCACCCGAAUGCUCAGUAGCAGAUGCUAGAAGUUCAACUGGCGCCGCAAGUUCAUUUUCACUUCGUCUGUCGGCCAGUGACGGUUGCCUGGAUUCUGAUCUGUCUACUUUGGCUAUUGCAGAGUUAAUGGCGAAAGAAGCUGAGGGGAAAGAACUUCGGAAACAUGCGAAAACCUGCGCCUUGCAGCACUUGCCUCAGGUACAACAGAAUGGGUCUUAUUUUACUGAAAUCAAGAAUUCUGAAUGUACUGAUUCAUCCUUCGGUGGCGAUCAAAAGUCGCCUGCUAAGAAGAUUUCACCGUAUGAACUGUUAGCUGCUGGUGAAACUGAAGGAAAUGAGACAGCAGAUUACGAAGUCAUUCCUUCUACACCUCCAAGGGAGCAAAUGCCAUCCCAGGAUAAUUUUAAAACAAAAACCUCUGCAACUCCAUUGUCAACACGAAAGCGUCCAUCCCCACGAAGAACACCGUAUUCCUCUACCCCAGAUGAAGGACUUGUUAUUAUUGACGUCACGGGACAUGAGCAAGUGUUUGCUAUGUUUCUGAAAGAAUGGCGCAGUCAAACUCGUUUUUCGUUGGCUGUGGCUUGUGAACGCUCCUUAGAUAAAAAUCCUAAGAUAGGAGCACGAUUCAGCAACGCCCAAACGUCAAGAGGCCUUAUAAUUGAAGGAGAGGACAAGAGCGUGGUCGGAGUUGCAGUGAGCUGGGGCGAUAAAGAUGCUUAUUACAUUUCAUUUCUGGAACAUGCUCAGUCGUCGCGCAAUCGAGUGGAUGACAGUCAGGCCGAGUCAGCGGUGGAUUAUAACCUCACGCUUUCUCGUCGUGUAAAUGAAGUAAAGAGUACCAUUAAGUUACUGACAGAAAGAGGAAGCAGCAUGGUAUGCUUCAAUGUCAAGGAACACUUUAAGAUAUUUGCUCAGUCUACUGGCAUCUCUCUCAGUGGACCAGCAGACGAUCCAAAGGUGGCGAGUUGGCUUUUGGAUCCUGGAGCCAAGGAAAAGAACCUUCACCAGCUUGUGGGACAGCACUUACCGGAAGAAGCUUCCUUACUCGAAGGUACCGGAGGUGGACUGGGUACAGGAGGUCUGGCUUUAGCAUAUCAAUGUCAGCAGAGCGGUAGAGUGAGAGCCUGCGUCGAGACUGUUUUAGUUCUUUCAUUGAUGGCAAAGCUGAGAACCUUGCUGGAGUCUGAAGACCUCGUGCAAGCUUUCACCAAGGUAGAGAUGCCAUCCGUAUUGUGUUUGGCGCGUAUGGAGUUAAAUGGUUUGGGAUUCUCUGAUACCGAAAGUGAACAUCUGAAGAACAUUCUACAAGCCAAGCUUCGUACUCUGGAGGAAGAAGCCUACCGACUGGCCAAUCACAGCUUCUCACUGACCAGUCGUGAAGAUGUAGCGCAGGUCCUUUUUGUGGAGCUCAAGCUUCCUCAUGACGGAAACUCUGAAGAUGGCCAGGUCACCAAGCGUAAGACUUUGGGAGUGACCCGACGUGGAAGGUCACGUGGUAGCAAACAUCUUAGCACUAAUAAAGACGUGUUAGAAAGACUCAAACCACUGCAUCCGCUACCAGGACUUAUCACAGAAUGGCGCAGGAUAAACGCGGCCCUAACUAAGGUUAUUUUUCCAUUGCAAAAGGAGAAAUGCUUGCAUACGAGGCUUAAAAUGUCACGAAUUUACUCAAUUAGUCAAACAUAUACUGCAACUGGGCGAGUUUCUUUUGUGGAACCAAAUUUGCAAAAUGUCCCAAAAGAUUUUGAUGUCGUAUUGCCGACAUCCAUUGCCGAGAGUCCUCCUCCUGGAGCCGGGUACCAAAGGAAUUCUUCCCCUCGAGCCAAAAGAGGAGUGAGUCGACGCAAUGCGAUGAAUGUUAAGCUUGGAACCGAAUUAACUACUCCUAAGUUCUCAGUGAGCAUGCGAAAUGCCUUUAUACCCUUUGAAAGUGGCCAUCUUUUUGCCGCUGACUAUUCUCAGCUGGAGCUGAGGCUUAUAGCUCACCUCUCUAAGGACAGUCGACUCAUCAAAAUUCUAAAUGGAGGAGGAGACGUGUUCAGAAUGAUCGCGGGUGAACUUUAUCAAGUUCCAGCGGAAUCUAUCAAAGAUGAACAGCGGCAACACGCCAAACAGGUAUGUUAUGGCAUCAUUUAUGGCAUCGGCGCCAAAGCCCUCGGAGAACAGCUUGGUUUUACUGACGAAGAAGCUGCUUUGUUCAUCGACAAGUUUACUUCUCGUUACAUUGGAGUGAAAAAGUAUUUGAAAGAUACGGUAGAGCAGUGCAAAAAGCAAGGCUUUGUGAAAACAGUAACAGGAAGGAAACGGUUUCUUUCGGCGAUAAACUCACCAAACGUGCAUGCGCAGAGCCAAGCAGCUAGACAAGCUGUAAACACCACGGUACAAGGUUCAGCGUCAGACUUGGUAAAGAUAGCCAUGAUCAAUAUUGAUAAGAAGUUGACCGAGGAAUUUCCGUCAUGUGUCAUGACGCACAGACACUCCCUUCCGGAUUUUCAUCCUAGAAAAAACCAGGGAAGGCGUUCAAGGUGUGAUUUGCCAACACCUAUUGGUGGAUAUUUUGUUUUGCAACUUCACGAUGAACUGAUAUUUGAGGUGUCACAGAGUGAUUUAAGAAAAGUGGCACAAAUUGUUAAAACAGAAAUGGAGAGCGCUAUGAGGCUUUCUGUUAUUCUGCCUGUUAAGAUGAAGGCGGGUCCUUCUUGGGGAAACAUGGCGGAGUUUGAAUUGUAACUUGUAAAAAUUUCACAACGUCAUAAGAGUUCAAAAUGAGAAUUGUGACACCAAAUUUUUGUAAGUUGCAAACAUAUUUGUUUUCCAGUAAUUGAGCGAAAUAUGAAUUUAUUUUACCCCUGAUGGGGCGGACAGAUGAAAAUAGAUUAAGAAUUUUAACUUAUUUCCACGUUGACUGAAACAGAAAGUCGCACAAAGACUCGUUGGACAGGUAAUUUUCCUUGAAACUCAGUGUAUUACGCUCUUUAAGGAUUUCUUUGCUUUCGCGCAAAUUGUGUGAUGAAUUCAUUACACACGGUGAAAUAUUUAGCGGAAACAUCAACAAAUAGUAAACAGCUUUUUAUCAUA